AUGGCGGGCGGUUCCUUCGUUGUUACCUUUCUGUUUUAUGUCUUCCUUUCCAUGGGUUCUUCUUCUGCGGUCGUCACUCUCGAGGAGAAACACCUUUCGAUGGCCUUCGAAGAGGGCUACACGCAGCUGUUCGGCGAUGGUAAUCUGAUGCUGCUCGGAGACGGGAAGACCGUUCACAUUGCGCUCGACGAGAGGACAGGCAAGACGAGCGAGCCCUUCGUCUACCCUCUUCUUCUUCUUCCUCUUCUUCUCUUCGCUGCCUAUUUCUAAUUCGACGCCUUGGGUUUCGCUCUCAGGCGCUGGAUUCGCCUCCCAGGACCUCUAUCUCCAUGGCUUCUUCAGCGCCUCUAUCAAGCUUCCUUCCGACUACGCGGCCGGCGUCGUCGUCGCUUUUUACGUACUAUUUCUCGCUACUCAUUCAGCUAUCGAUCCAUGGGUUUCUUCUGAGUUCCAUUCGUUCUCACUUUCUUGUCCAAAUCCGCAGCUAUCUAACGGGGAUGUGUUCGAGAAGACCCACGACGAGUUGGACUUCGAGUUCCUGGGGAACAUCAGAGGGAAGGAGUGGAGAAUCCAGACGAACGUGUAUGGCAAUGGAAGCACCGCCACCGGGAGAGAGGAGAGAUACGAGCUCUGGUUUGAUCCGACGGAGGACUAUCACCGCUACAGCAUCCUCUGGAGCGAGAACCUGAUAGUGUGAGCUCCAUCUCCCUUCCUAUUCUACCUGGGUGGAGAGAGAGAGAGAGAGAGAGAGAGAGAGAGAGAGAGAGAGCUUUUACUCGUGCAGAGCUUCGCCCUGUUCUGAGCCAGCUCUGAGAGAUUCUCCACGCUUUUGUUUUAUUAAUCUUUGCUUGGAUCCUCCUCCCUGGUUUUCUUUUGAAAUGAGGUUCAUAUCGAUCGGCGGGGAGGAAGAAGAAAGUUUUUCGGCUUUCCUCUUUUUGUUUUCGUCCGAGUUGUGUGAUCUGUCCGUCCCCGUCUCUGCAGGUUCUACGUGGACGGCACCCCCAUUAGAGAAAUCAUCAGGAACGAGGCCAUGGCAAGGGAGUUCCCCGCCAAGCCCAUGUCUCUCUACGCCACCAUAUGGGACGGCUCCUCCUGGGCCACCUCCGGCGGCCGCUACAAGGUCGACUACCGGCGCGCCCCCUACGUCGCGGAGUUCGCCGACCUCGUCCUCAGCGGCUGCGUCGUCAACCCCAUCGACCACUCCCCCGCCUGCGGCAGCGCCACCGCCCUGCGCCGCCGCGGUGCUCCGGCAAUCUCCCCGGCACAGCGGCGGGCCAUGGAGGGGAUCCGCCUGAAGCACAUGACAUACUCCUACUGCUACGACCGGCAGCGCUAUCCGGUGGCGCCGCCGGAGUGCGUGGUAGACCCCGAUGAGGCUAAGAGGUUCGGCGGGCGCCACCGCCGCGGAAGCCGCCGCCGCCGUCCGGCCAUCCCUGCGGGUCGCGCCGACGCAGCUUUCUGA